AUGCUGCUGGCCUCGGCCGUGGUGGUGUGGGAAUGGCUGAACGAGCACGGGCGGUGGCGGCCCUACAGCCCGGUCGUCAGCCACCACAUUGAGGCGGUGGCCCGCGCCGGGCCGCGGGCGGGCGGCAGCGUGGUGCUGGGCCAGGCCGACAGCCGCCUGGCGCCCUACAUCAUCGACCUGCAGUCCAUGCACCAGUUCCGCCAGGACACCGGCACUAUCCGCCCUGUCCGGCGCAGCUACUACGACCCGUCGUCGGCGCCGGGCAAGGGAGUUGUGUGGGAAUGGGAGAACGACAGCGGGUCGUGGACGCCCUAUGACAUGGACGUGGGCAUCACCAUCCAGCGCGCCUAUGAGAAGCAGCACCCCUGGGUGGACCUGAGUGCCAUUGGCUUCUGCUACAUCAUCGACUUUGCCACCAUGGGCCAGAUCAACCGGCAGACCCAGCGCAAGCGCCGCGUCCGCCGCCGCCUUGACAUGGUCUACCCAUUGGUCUCGGGCACCCUGCCCAAGUCACAGUCCUGGCCAGCCAGCCCUGGGGCAGCGGCGGCCCCCCCGGUCCCCGCCUGCGCCUGUCCCCAGUGCCUCCUGGUCAUGAGCGUCAAAGCCACCGUGUCAGGCACGGGCCCUGGCACCGCCACCCUGCAGCCCCGCAAAGCCCCCCCUGUGCCACCCGCUGUCCCCAAAGCCCCAGCGCCGGCCUCAGGGGCCAAGAUGCCUGACGGUAUGGCCACGGUGCGUGGCUCACUGAAGCCACUGGCAGCCCAAGGGGGCCGGCGGCAGGCAGCCAGCACACCCACCUUGAGCUCAGCCAGCUCCGCCGCCAGCCCCCCUGGCACGGGCAGUGGCAAGGCAUCCCAUCCUGGCCUCGGCACCCUGAACCGCAGCCACCUCCAGCGCCUGGCCAUUGCCCAGUCCCGGGUGCUCAUUGCCUCUGGGGUCCCCACUGUCCCCGUGAAGAACCUCACCGGCUCCAGCCCUGUCAACCCAGCACUGGCAGGGAUCACAGGGAUCCUAAUGAGUGCAGCCGGGCUGCCCGUCUGCCUGACACGGCCCCCCAAGCUGGUGCUGCACCCCCCGCCUGUCAGCAAAAGUGAGAUCCAGUCCAUUCCCGGCAUCUCCCACACCUGCCGCAAGACCACCAAGAAACAGGCCAAGAAGGGUAAAACCCCGGAGGAGGUACUGAAAAAAUACCUGCAGAAGGUGCGGCAUCCGCCGGAUGAGGACUGCACCAUCUGCAUGGAGCGCCUCUCUGCACCCUCUGGCUACAAGGGACCCCAGCCGGCUGUCAAGCCCGACCUGGUGGGGAAGCUGGUGAAAUGUGGCCACGUCUUCCACCUCCACUGCCUGGUCGCCAUGUACAACAACGGCAACAAGGAUGGGAGUCUGCAGUGUCCCACCUGCAAAACCAUCUAUGGGGUGAAGACAGGGACACAGCCCCCAGGGAAGAUGGAGUAUCACAUCAUCCCUCACGCGCUGCCUGGCCACUCUGACUGCAAAACCAUCCGCAUCAUCUACAACAUCCCCCCGGGGGUGCAGGGACCGGAGCAUCCAAACCCUGGGAAGAGCUUCACUGCCCGCGGCUUCCCCCGGCACUGCUACCUGCCGGACAGCGAGAAGGGCAGAAAGGUACUGAAGUUGCUGCUGGUAGCCUGGGACCGGCGCUUGAUCUUCGCCAUCGGGACCUCCAGCACCACAGGUGAGUCAGACACGGUAAUUUGGAACGAGAUCCACCACAAGACGGAGUUCGGCUCCAACCUCACCGGCCACGGCUACCCUGACAUCAACUACCUGGACAAUGUCCUGGCUGAGCUUGCGGCCCAGGGCAUCACGGAGGAGAGCCUGGCGCAGGAGAAGGACUGAGACUGCGGCAGGGAGGCAAGGGAAGGGGUGCCUGUGCUGCCCCCCGCCAAGGAUAAAGCUGCUGGAGAAACCCGCCUGGGGGCUUUGCAGGGGGCACGGGGAGCCCUGUGCUCCCAGUGGCACCCGCCCAGUGGGAGCAUCCCCAGGCUGGCCGGGAAUGUGGGAGAAGGUCUUUUGGCUGUCCCCGUCACUCCCGCGGG